GAACCCUCCAAAAGACAAACAAAACAAUGAGGAUUGAGGACAAAACCAACAUCAUGUUUUGUUGCCCAAUGCAAAGCUGCCUUACAAAAACCCCUUCAAGCCAACUACUUUAAUUCCAAUUCACUCAAUUUCCAACAAAAACCUUAGACCACCACACCAACUAUUACUAACCCCGCCUUUUUUACUCUUCUCAAAACUUUCCAAGGGUCUUCCAGGAUUUUGAUGAAUUUCAAAGCCCAUUUGGGGAUUCUAUAUUUCUCUGUUUGAUCAGCCCUUUUUUCCUGAGGAGAAUUUGAUCUACUUUUACUGUUUGUUUCAGGAGGGCCUGAGAUAUGAUUCCAGAGGGACCAUCCCCAGUGACUUCAUCACCACUUCAGUUCUUCCCCUGGAUGUCACCCUCUCCUGGUAUAGGAUCCCCUUUCCCAUGGCUAUGGGAGCUCAAACCUGAGGAGAGGGGUUUAUGGUUGAUUCGUCUUCUUGUUGCAUGUGCAAACCAUGUAGCUGCUGGUAGUCUUGAGAAUGCCAAUAUUGGCUUAGAGCAAAUAUCCCAACUUGCUUCUCCCGAUGGAGAUACCAUGCAAAGAAUUGCUGCUUACUUCACUGAGGCACUUGCUAAUAGAAUGCUUAAAGCAUGGCCUGGCCUUCACAAAGCCCUCAAUUCCACGAAAAUAUCAUCGGUACCCGAUGAAAUUCUUGUUCAAAAACUGUUCUUUGAGCUGUGCCCUUUCUUAAAACUUGCAUAUAUUAUCACAAACCAGGCCAUUGUAGAAGCUAUGGAGGGAGAGAAGAUGGUUCAUAUUAUAGAUCUAAAUUCCUGUGAGCCUGCUCAAUGGAUCAAUCUUUUUCAGACAUUUAGUGCAAGGCCAGAAGGGCCACCGCAUCUGAGAAUUACAGGCAUCCAUGAGCAGAAAGAGGUGUUAGAGCAAAUGGCACUUAGGUUGACAGAAGAAGCUGAAAAAUUGGACAUUCCAUUUCAGUUUAACCCAAUAGUUUGCAAGUUAGAGAAUCUUGAUUUAGAAAGUUUGCGUGUCAAGACCGGUGAAGCUCUUGCGGUCAGUUCGGUCCUUCAGCUUCAUUCUCUCCUGGCAACAGAUGAUGAGGUGCCUAGAAGGAACUUUAACUCCCCACCGGUGUCUAAGACCCGAGUUUUGCAGAUGACUCAACGUACUUUUGGAGAGUGGCUUGAGAAAGAACCAGCCCAUAUAUACAACCCAAGUUCUGACAUAGCAUCUUCUCCAUCAUCCCUAGCUCCAGCUCCAAAAAUGGGGAGCUUUCUAGCCGCUCUUCGGGCCUUGUCACCGAAAGUAAUGGUUGUAACCGAGCAGGAGUCCAACCAUAAUGGUCCUACUUUAAUGGAGAGGGUAAUAGAAGCAUUGAAUUUCUAUGCUGCGCUCUUUGACUGCUUAGAGUCUACGGUAUCAAGAGCACCAAUAGAGCGACAAAAGGUUGAGAAGAUGCUUUUCGGAGAGGAAAUUAAGAAUAUUAUAGCAUGUGAGGGUGGUGAGAGAAAGGAGAGACAUGAAAAGCUGGAGAAAUGGAUCCUGAGACUUGAAUUGGCCGGGUUUGGAAGGGUGCCAUUAAGCUACCAUGGCAUGUUGCAGGCAGGAAGGUUGCUGCAGACCAAUAACUACGAUGGUUAUAAGAUGAAAGAAGAGAAUGGGUGUUUGGUAAUGUGCUGGCAAGAAAGACCUCUAUAUUCAAUAUCAGCCUGGGGGUUUAGACGCUAGGAUUAUGACUCAUUUUAUUUAUGCCUGCCCUUUAUCCUGCUCCUAGGUGUCUCUUUCUUUCUUUGAUUGUAGUUUAAUAUGUAUGUAUAUGAAAGACUUUUUCAUUCUAUAGUUACUUGAGAAAAAAAUUUAAACA